GAAAAAAGUAGUCAAGCUCUGCGGCGGUUCAUCAUUCCACUCCUGCCGAACAACACAUAGCCUCCCCUUCUACCAUUCAUUCUUCAGCUGCAUCAGUUGCUUCUCGGUCCGAAUGGCGAGCACACUACCAACUUUGGCCAUUCCAGGCCAGCGCCUGGCCCCUGUGAGCUCUUACGCCGCGGGCCCCGGUACUCAUGUGCAGAAUGCGAACAUCUACGCCUCAAUCGCCGGUCCCGUUCUCGUCAACCCCGCCAGCUCCAAAACCGCCAAGUCCACCCUGAGCGUUUCUCGCAGCCCCCUCCGCAAAGCUGCUCCUGCUGCCUCUCCGUCCGCACCAAAGUCCACCGCUCCUGGCCCCUCCAAACCACGGUACAACACCCUCCCCGCCGUCGACUCGAUUGUGCUCGCGCGCGUGACGCGCGUGCAGAAGCGACAGGCCACGGUCUCCAUCCUCGUCGUGCUCGACGAGUCAGCCAGCAACAAUAAGUCGGGGCCGCAGCCCACCACCACGACGACAACCCCCACCGGCGGUUCCUCGGACAACGACAACAUCGAAGCGAUCCUCUCCUCUGCCGCCAAUCCGGAGAACCACAGCAACUCGGAUGAGCUGCGGUUCCAGGCGCUCAUCCGCAAGGAGGACGUCCGGGCCGUCGAGAAGGACCGCGUGGUCAUGGACGAGAUGUUCCGCGUGGGCGACAUCGUGCGCGGAACCGUGAUCUCCCUGGGCGACCAGAGCUUCUAUUACCUCACGACGGCGCGCAACGACCUCGGGGUGGUGAUGGCGCGCAGCGAGGCGGGCAAUAUGAUGUUCCCUGUUAGUUGGAAGGAGAUGCGGGAUCCUGUCACGGGAGCUGCGGAGCUGAGGAAGGUUGCGCGGCCUUUUUGAGGCUCCUGCGUGAUUGUUUGACGAUGAUUAUGAUUAUGAUAAUGAUGAAGUCGAUGGAGUGGUGGAUGGCUGGAUGGGGUGGGACUGCGACAAAGGGACGCUCGG